CUAAAAAAAUAAUAGAUGUAUGUCCUAAGCAACAAAUAUUUGUGCACUAAUCAAGACAUUUAUUAAGGAGUUUUCGCCACUAGUGGCUUCUUCACCGUACACCAAUAAUUAGCCAUAAAGAGGCUACAUCUACAUUUGAUCCCUUUUCAGCAAUAAACUGUAACAAACUGAUAGUCUACAUGUCUUUCAUAAUUCGGUCUCCUAAAGAUCUUGUUUGUAGACUUACUCAGCACUGACAUUUCAUAAUAGCCGGGUUGUGGUGCCUGUCGGACUGGUUGCAGCGAGCCACAACAACCUGACAGCUUAGGUAGUUAGAAACAAUGUUGGGUCUGUAACUGAGCCAAGGAAACGAUGAUCCUUGGAACCAUUUACACGUCAUCUAUAUAGAUGAAGAUCCAUAAGUGGCAUUAUUUACAAUGAGUACUCUAAUAGAGAAAACAACAGUCAGUGUGAAUACCAAUAAUGUUCCACCUAAUGACCCUGAAAAAAGUGUCCCACAAGAUGUAGGAAGUGUGAUGCAACUGCAUAUUAAGCCUGCUUUUGAAAGUACAGUAUGUCUUGUGAAUCAGCUGGUUGCACACUUCAGCAAAGAUCAUCGGCAAGGAAUACACAUUAGAGAUAAGACCAAGGAAAAUGUCCUUCAGAGACAAUUAAAAACAUUGGUCUUCUCAGUCUUGUUGUCAUACAGAAAAGAUUAUAAAACAGAUAACUCUGUUGUUAAACUAACUGAGGUAGAAGAUGUCAUUUGGCAGACUUUUAUGCUUCGUCAGCAUCGCAGGUAUGAUGACGGUAACUCUCUGGAAAGAUGCUUGCAGUGUUUGAAGGAGCAGGGUCAUUUGGAGGCUGGCAGUGAUGUGCGAAAUGUGUUAAAGUUUCUUGUUGCCCUCAAAGGACUUGGUGGAGAUAUUACAAAGAAAGUUAAUCUUGCUGAAUUAACACCAAGAAUUGUGCAUGUUGGUAAGGUAAGGAUCAUUAUUUUGUCCAUUGUCUAAAAGUUGUCUUAAAUUUAAGU